AUUCGCAAGCAUCAUCGUUUCUAAGUUGAGAAUCGAGAUGCAUCGACUGAGCCUUCUCGUCAUCGUCUCGGCCUGGUCAAGACAAAGAUGCAGCUUCGAAGCUUCCCCCACAUCAAUUAUUCAACCAAGCUCGUCGUUCCCCCAAUUGAUUGAUUCAUUGAUUAUAAAUUCCAAUUCCUGUUUAAUUAUACGUUGAAAAUAAACCGAAACCCCAGAAACUACCCUUAAUUUGAAACCUAUACACCAUUCAUUAAGACCCGAACAAUCAGAAGAGGAGAAAGAAAGAGGAUCAAACACGUCAUCUUCCUUUGGCAGGUAGGCAACAAAGAACAAACCCGUCUUCUAGUCUUUCACCCUUUUCUUCUUGUCUUAUAUUUGUAACCUUUCUCCGUUAAUUAAAACCACCCAAAGACUGGAUUAUUCCUCAAUAUCCCAUACCAGUUUCGUGAUUCUCUCUGCUUGGUUUUGCUGCGUCUGGGAUCUUCAGAUUAAAGGGUGGUUUAUUGUAUUAUUAUGGAGUUCUUCAACAAAGCUCGGGCGAUUAGACUCCGAAGCCACCUCGGGAAGUACCUAUUUGCCGACGACGAUGAAGAAACGGUUCGGCAAAGCCGUAAUGGCUCCAGUCAUAAGGCGAGAUGGAUAGUGGAGAUAGUCCAAGGGAACAGCCACCUGAUGCGACUUAAGAGCUUCUACGGCCAAUAUCUGACCGCCUCCAACGAGCCCUUCCUCCUGGGGAUGACCGGAAAGAAAGUACUCCAGACAACGAAGUCGGACGCGUCGAUUGAGUGGGAGCCCAUUAAGGAAGGGUUUCAGGUGAAGCUUCGGACACGCGGCGGGAAAUUCCUGCGCGCCAACGGUGGUACUCCGCCCUGGAGGAACUCCAUAACUCAUGAUGUUCCUCAUAGAACUGCCACUCAGGACUGGGUGUUGUGGGACGUCGAUGUUGUCGAAAUACCGGAAUUCGAAGCCCAGUCGUUCUCUGAUUACCAAUCACAGCUAUCAACUCUCUCUUCGCUCUCGCUGUCGGAUGAUGUGAUGGGUUACGAACCUGGUUCACCCGAGUCCACGGCUUCCGCCGAUCAGAUUCCAAAACAACUAACCAGCUCGUGGUCGACGGUCUCAGCGACUGAGUCCCUCCAAUCCGCAUCUUCGAAAAAGAAUGGAGAAAUGGAAAUUUUCCACAAAGCCAAGGCUGUUCGUCUCCGAAGCCACCACGAGAAGUACCUCUUCGCCGAGGAAGACGAGGAAUCGGUGUCCCAAAACCGCAACGGUUCGUCUCGGAACGCCAAGUGGGGUGUUGAGUUCGUUGAAGGAGGGAACUAUGUUCGUCUCAAGAGCUGCUAUGGAAGAUAUCUCACUGCCUCUAAUGAGGCCUUCCUUCUUGGGAUGACCGGGAAGAAGGUUCUUCAGACUACACCCAGAAAGCUGGAUUCCUCCGUCGAGUGGGAGCCCAUCAGGGAAGCGUUUCAGGUUAAGCUCAGGACUCGCUACGGCAACUUUUUGCGCGCAAAUGGCGGUGUUCCUCCUUGGAGGAAUUCCGUCACUCACGACAUCCCUCACAGAACUGCAACUCAAGAUUGGAUCUUAUGGGAUGUUGAUGUCGUCGAAAUCCAUAUCGAUUCCCCCGUUCAUCCUGCACAGACUGUUCCCCAGUCUGAUGAUACCUCUGAUUCCGAACCAACUUCGCCUUCAUCCAUCUCGAUUAAAUCCAAUAAAUUAUCAAAAUUAGAGUCGAGUACUUAUUUUGAUAAUUCACCACCAAAGCCUGAUGGCCGGACAAUCUACUUUCAUAUUAUGGAUGAGAAUGGAAAUGUUGACGAAGCCAUUGAAGGUUCUUCGUUCAUUUUCAAGGGGACUGGAGUGCAUGAAUUGAAGCAAAAGUUGGAGGAAGAAACAGGGAUCGAGGACAUCAUCGUGUGCUCUCGCAACCGAUUGGAUGGAAAACUGUAUCCCCUUCGCCUGCAGCUUCCUCCCAACAAUGCUGCCAUGCAUGUCGUUGUGGUUCCACAAGCACCAAAAUACGAGGGCGCGUAUUGGAGAAUGUUGAUUGAUCACAGCGUCAAGGCAUAAUUGAAAAGAAAAGAAAGAAAAAAGAUAGCAGUCUCUGAAGCUAACCAAUCCAGGAACAAACCGAAUAGUCUUGUGGCUCAAAAACUGCUCAAGUGGGUUGCAUGCCGCCAUGCUGAACUGCUUUAUCCGGCGGCUAUACUUUCCAGAAACUAGUCAAAUAGCUCAAAGCAUCAAGAUUCAAAGACUGAUUUCAACCAUGCCAACUCCUGCUCGUUUUUCAAGCUUAGGUAUUUUUUUUGUUUGAUAGGACAUGGAGCCAACUUAUCAAAUCCUUUAUAUCUAUAGUUAUGUGAUAUGUCAUGAAAAUGGACGAAUUAAUAAGAGGUCACAAACAUCAUCCGCAUUACCCCAUAUAUGGGGUAGUA